UUAUUAGGACUGACACUGUAGAGAAGAUCGAAAGGGUCGAGAAGACAAAAACUGAAGCUGCGAGAAACAGGGGAGAGGAAGAAGGAAAAGGAUCAGGCACCCUCGUGGGACGCCCGUGACGAAGAGCGAGCGUGUGAAGUUACAGUUACAGUCGGUUCUGCUGGAGUUUCACAUAUCAGUUAGAUUUUUAAAAAACCCUGGAGCCUCGUCAGAGAGCAUGAAGCUCACUGGGACCGUCCUGAAACUGGAGUUCCCUCAUUGCAGCACAGAGACCGAGCAUUUAAACAACACAACGGUGACACCACUGCAAACAAACACAACAGAUUCAGGAGUGUCAGCCCCCUCCCCACCACCACCACAGCCGGAGACAGGCCGGGCCCAGUGUUCGAUCUGUGCAGACAGAGCCACAGGGAAACAUUACGGUGCCUCCAGCUGUGACGGCUGCAAGGGCUUCUUCAGGAGGAGCAUCCGCAACAACCACACUUACAACUGCAGGUUCAACAGCCAAUGCACGGUGGACAAAGACAAACGGAACCAGUGUCGUUACUGCAGACUGCAAAAGUGUUUCAAGGCUGGAAUGAGAAAAGAAGCUGUUCAGAAUGAGAGAGACUGCAUCAACAGUCACAGAGCCAAGGGACAGACAGUGGGCACUCUGUCCAUCACUGUGCUCCAGCGGGCAGAGGCCAGCGUGACACAGUUUCCAGCUCCAGUCUCACCCAUCAGUCAUGACAUCGACACCAAGAAGAUGGCCUGCGUGGGUGACGUGUUUCACUCCAUGAAGCAGCAACUCCUCCUGCUGGUGGAGUGGGCAAAACACAUCCCCGAGUUCUGCAGCCUCCCUUUGGACGAUAGGGUGACCUUGCUACGAACCCACUCUGCAGAGCAUCUUAUUCUAGGGGCAGCACGACGCUCUUUACCUUACAACAAUCUCAUUCUUCUAGGCAACGACUUUGUGAUCCCCCUGAGAGGUGCCCAGACAGAGGUGUCCAGAGUGGCUUUCAGAAUCCAAGAGGAGCUGGUCAAACCUCUCAGAGAGCUGGACAUCGCAGACACAGAGUUUGCUUGCUUCAAAGCCAUUGUCUUCUUCAGCCCGGACUGUCCAGGUUUGGAGAGUCCUCACCUCGUUCGACAUCUGCGGUUCCAGGCCCAGCUGCUGCUGGAGGAGGCGACCUGUGAGCAGAGGGGAAGGUUCGGGGAGCUCCUGCUGAUCCUGCCCGCCCUGCAGAGUGUGGCCUGGCAGAUGGUGGAGACUCUGCACCUAGCACAGCUGCUGGGUGAAGCCAGAAUGGACAGCCUGUUGCAGGAGAUGCUGCUGGGAGAAGGAGCCAAGACAGGGCAUGAAAUGAGCACAGUUUCUCCUCUUCCUUCAGACAACGGUGCGACUCAGGAGCAGCAAAGCGCUUCACCUACAGACCACACCUCUGCCAUGUCCCACGUCUCAACAUGUGAGCACUCACAAAACAAACUAUCACAGCAGUUCUGA